UGCAAAAACAAAAAAUUACCUGCAAUUACCAAAAAACCGCUGCAAAUAACCGCCAUCCCAGCCAUCACAAAAAAAUGUACUGCAAACAAAAAAAAGCGAUCAUAUCCAAAAAAGUUGCCUCAACAUCAGAAACACUGCAGACAUUAAAAACGUCUAACGGAAGUGAAUCUUGAAAACACCAGUGACGUCACGACUGAUCGGAGAUCAGUUUGCAGAUUUAUACACCAGAAGUGCAUUGGUUUUUGCUAUAUUCACUGCUGCGACAAGGAGGAAAACAGGAGUACGAAUCAGAAAACGGACGAGAGAGUGUGAUCACAAUGUAUUGUCCUUUUUGUGGACACCAGCAGCAUUCUAAGCCAAUGUUUUGCUGUUCGUGUGGAAAGAACAUUAAAUUCCUUUGUGAUGUUGAUGAUGACAAGCCUGGCACAAGUGAAGCUACUGGAAAAAGUAUGUUGGAGUCAUUUCAGACUUUCCGGAGUCUGAAGGAGAAAGAAAGACGAGGAUCUUUCAAAAAUAAGAAAAGAUCACUAAACGACAACCUUAAGCUUGUGAAGAUUUCAGUAGGUCUUAUGCGGCUACAAGAUGGUGGACUGAAGGCUGUAAGAGGAUCAGUGCUUCCCCUUUUGGUGCAACCAGAGGUGGAUGCAACCGCAUUGCAGAGAGCAGCUGAGCAAAAGCUGAAGGCCUUCCACAGAAAUUUACCAAGUGGUCCUUACUCACUGCUCUACCCUGACUGUACAAAGAUUUGUAAUAUACCGGGAACAGAAGUACCUUUCACUCUAAAAGAGUACAAGGAGGCAUUGGGGAAGGCCUACCAAAGGAUCACACUGUACAUUUGUACAGCUGAAGAUUUCUUUACCUCUUCUCAGGAAACCAACCAUGAAUCUGACUCAUCAGAUUCAGAAGUGAUCAUCAGGAGUCCGAGGUCUAAAGAAUUCAAUACAGCUGAUACAUUACUAUGGGAACCUGCAGAUGGAGAGCCAGGCACUGAUUCAACAGCUCCUGAGGUCCCAGGAACGUCAUCAGGCACAAUGGAAACUACAUGCUAUAGUAAAUAUACUGAGCUUUAUGCGCCCAUUGUAAUUGAGGAUGAGGAUGACUCAGACAGGGUUGAGUGCAACCAUGACAUUGAAGAAGAUGAAGGGAUGGACAAACCAUCUAUAUCUGAGAUAACGGCAAACCUGGCCCUUGAGAUCGACCAUCGAGCUGUCAGCAGAUUUAACAUCUGUCGCUCUGACAUUUGGAAUGGAGCAGUCAGAGGAUUUAAAAGGGCAACAUUUUCAGAGAAAAAAGACAUCUUAGUGAAAUUCUCUGACAAUGAAGGGACUCUUGAGGAAGGUAUCGAUACUGGUGGUCCCAAGAGAGAAUUCCUCUCCCUUCUGAUGAAGGAGCUGAAGAAACGGCCCAUAUUUGAUGGACCCAUGGAGAGCCGCUAUCUGGUCUACAACUCAACAGCUAUCCUAGAGGAUGAAUACUAUUUAGCAGGCAAGAUGAUUGCUGUGUCCAUUGUACAUGGCGGACCGGGUCCAUAUUUCCUCUCAAAGAACCUAAUCAGUUACAUCUCAGGGCAGGACAGUUUCAAGUCAUCUGUAGGAGAGAUAACAGAUGAGGAGAUAGGGAAAGUCCUAAAAGAGGUAUGAGGAUACUUGAUAGAAGAGUGUGAAAUUGUAAAUAUGAGUAUAGAGCGUUAUAUCCACUUACACCAUUCUUUCAAAUGAUCCAUAUGGCAUCACCGUUUUUAUAAUUCUAUUCAUAUUUGAAAUGUAAAGUACUCUAUUGUCUCUUCUUUUAGAUUCAGAAUGCACCCUUCAGUGCAAAUUCUGCAGGACUUGAUUUUGCAGAACAGUGCCAUGUUGCAGACUGCUGGUUGCUUCAGGCGUGUUGGGUCAUGUGAGGAAAAAACACGGCUAGUAGAGGAGUAUCUGAAGUGGUACAUCAUCCACAGAAACAGCACAGCAAUCGAGAGAUUCAAGGCUGGACUUGAAACACUGCAGUUCCUGACAGCUUUGAAGGAACAUCCAACAGUUUUGACUCCUGCUCUCUGUCACACUGAGGUGAAGCUGUCUGCUGAACAGGUAGAAAAUCUGUUCCAGCCAGUACUCAGUCCACAAGGCAGCAACAUGAGGACUCAGGAAGACAAAGCCAGGACUUACUGGGCAGACUAUCUUCUUGAUUGUGAAGAAGAUAACAGCGCUGUGACCUUGGAGGAGGUGUUAAUGUUUGCUGCAGGUGUGCCCUGUGUGCCUCCUGCUGGUAUGAGUCCUCUGCCACGCCUUCACUUCAUGUCUCCCUCAACAUCCAAAUUCCCAAUGGCGAAUACCUGUGCCAACAUUUUAAAGAUACCUCUUUUGGAC